AGAUUGCUUGGGGUUAAACAUAUUAGAACUACCCCCUACCACCCUGUCAGCAAUGGCAUGGUAGAGCGUUUUCAUCGCUCGCUCAAGCAAUCUCUCAAGUGCCACAACAAACUUAAAUGGACUGAAUCCCUACCUAUAGCUCUCCUGGGAUUACGCUCUGCAUUCAAAGAGGACUUAAAGUGCACCUCUGCCGAACUUGUCUACGGUAUGACACUUCGUCUCCCAGGUGAAUUCCUAGCUCCUACAUCAAAUAGUGACGAAUCUCACCCGUCCGUGUUUGUUAAUCAACUGAAGAACAUGAUGCCGUCCAUAGCUCCAACCCCAGCAUCAUCACACAGCGAGCCAGGCUCGUUUGUCCACCCUUCCCUUGCGAGCUACACCCAUGUUUUUGUCCGUCAUGGUGUUGUUAAGAAACCACUCCAAACCCCCUAUGACGGGCUUUUUCAAGUCAUAGACAGAGCUGAAAAAUUCUUAACCAUCUCCAUCAACAACAAACCGACAACUAUUAGUAUUGACCGUUUAAAACCCAGUUUUUCUGUGAACUUCGACAAAACCAGCUCAACAGAAAGUGUUUCCAAAGCAUCCGUUCCUAUCUCCAGACCUCCUUCCCCAAAGCCAACUUCCAGCAUGGUAAAUGCUGAGACGAACACUGUUUUGCCAAAGACAAACGUGACUCGAUCUGGGAGGAGGGUCCGUUUCAACUCCAAAUAUCUGUGACCUUAGUGCCAAGGCACUUGGGGGGGAGUACUGUGGUGAACCACCUUCUCACCAGAUGGCAGUGAACUCUACUUGCCAGGUGGCAGUGCAAAACAUUUCUCUCAACCUUUUUAUAAGAUGGCAACAUCUCUUGUGUUCAAACUUUAGUUUCCAGAAUCUGGCAGCAGCUCAAAAAAACAUUCAUUCGGGCUUGCUGACCGGUGAACAUUCACCUCUUUUAAAAAUGCUGCUGUCGUUAAUCAUGUCUGUCUUUUACAUUGUAACUUAAUAUGAUUUCUUCUUUUUUUAAUUAUUAUUAAACUGUUGUGAUUAUUAAUUUUAUUGAAUCAAUUUAUUUAAU